AUGCUGCCUUACCAAAACAUUCAAGAAGCAGAAGAAGCCCAUGGCAGAGCUCUCAGUUUCGCAGAGAAGCUAUGGUUUCGAUACUCGGCUCACAAACCUGAUUACAUCCUUCACUACCAUAACAUCAUCUUCCUCAUGUUGUUCUACACUUUGGCUCCUCUCCCGUACGUGUUCAUUGGACUCGGCUGGUUCAAGAACAUGGACAAGUACAAGAUUCAGCCGAAGGUGAAGGACUCCUUCUCUAACAUGUUCAAGUGCUAUAAGAAUGUCAUGGGAAGCUUUCUUCUUGUUGUUGGUCCUCUGCAAGUGAUUUCUUACCCUACCAUCCAGUGGAUAGGGAUUCGGACGAGUUUGCCAUUACCAUCCUUGUGCGAAGUAUUUUUGCAAAUAAUGGUGUAUUUUAUUAUAGAGGAUUUUGGAAACUAUUGGAUCCAUCGGCUACUCCACUCGAAAUGGGGCUACGAAAAGAUCCAUCGGAUCCACCACGAAUACGCCGCUCCGAUUGGACUUGCAGCACCGUAUGCUCAUUGGGCGGAGAUUUUGAUCCUCGGCAUUCCUGCAUUUCUCGCCCCGGCAUUGGUUCCCGGCCACAUUGUCACAUACUGGUUAUGGUUCAUUUUGCGACAAAUGGAGGCCAUCGAGACUCAUAGCGGGUACAACUUCCCUUGGAGUCCCUCAAAAUACAUCCCAUUUUAUGGAGGUGCAGAGUACCAUGACUACCAUCACUAUGUUGGUGAACAAAGCCAGAGCAACUUUGCGUCAGUGUUCACCUACUGCGAUUACAUCUAUGGAACUGACAAGGGGUAUAGGUACCGGAAGCAAGCACUUGAGAAGUUGGCCAAGCAGAGACACGAGGACGAGGGCAGACGAGAAGAGAAGAAGAAAUCUCUGCAAGCCUUGAGGAUUCCAAGAGCUCCAUCAACUGAUCGUUUGGUCACUACCGGUUCAGGUUCCUUGCCUUCAAAGUCAACCGGAGUAGCAACAUGGAACACUCCGAUGCAUCCUUGGAUGGCUGCAUCAAAACUUUCCGGAUUGCUUAGGUCUGCAUUGAAAAUUCGGAGCUUUUCUUCUGCUCCUGACAAGUAUGACAGGCACAUAACGCAUGGCUUUGGCUAUGAUUCACAUUCCACUGACUAUAAGAUUCUGAGAGUAGUGAUUGAUGAAGAUGAAGAUGAUGAUGAUUCAGACGACGAGGUCUUCACAACCUGGGUUCAGGUCUACUCCUUAGCCAGGGGAUACUGGAAGAGUCUUACUGCUUCGGUCAUACCUGUGGCUUUUCAGGAUGGGUCUGGACGUUCUGUUUUUGUUAAUGGCACUUUCCACACGGUUGAAGCCUGUUAUGGUAAUUACAAUGAUGGAGACAUGGUCAUCGGCACCUUCAAGCUGGCAACAGAAGAAUUUGGCGAGAUGAUGGGACCGGAAGCUUUGCGACAAGACUCUUGCUCCAUAGCAAGAUACUCUCUUACUUUGAUUAGUCAUUAUAAUUAUGAAUUUGGAGAUCGGGGUUGUGACAUUUGGGUUAUGCGACAGUAUGGUGUUGCAGAGUCGUGGACUAAAUUGUUCAAUGUAUAUGCGGUUCGGAGGAUUAGGAUGGGCAACAUGGAAGACUCCAGUGCAUCCUUCAAUUGCUGCAUUGAAACUUUCAGUUUGGGUCUUUUGAGUGAUAUUAUGCAUAGAUCUGGAGCUGCCAUGGCUUGGAAUGUGUUCAAGUUCUGCACAGCUCUCAGGGGUCUAGGUUCUGUUAUGAUCCUCUUGGUUCUUGGAGUUGUGGGUGUGACGUAUUACACUGUUGUUUUGACUAAUUAUGGCCCAGCUUUGUAUGCUGGUGGACUUGAUUCCCUCAUUGCUAUUGUCGUUUUGAUCUUGUUUCAUUCAUUGUUGGUGAUGCUAUUAUGGAGUUAUUUUUCUGUUGUUUUGACGGAUCCCGGUGGUGUGCCACCGAACUGGAGGCCUGCUGUUGAUGAAGAAAGAGGGGAAGCUGACCCAUUAAAUGGUUCAGAGUUCAGUGAUUUGCAAACUGACCCGUCGAAUCAAAGAGUCCGGUAUUGCCGGAAGUGCAACCAGUUGAAACCACCGCGCUGCCAUCAUUGCUCAGUUUGUGGGCGGUGUGUACUGAAAAUGGAUCACCAUUGUGUAUGGGUUGUCAAUUGUGUUGGGGCCUUAAAUUACAAGUAUUUUCUUCUUUUCCUGUUCUACACGUUCCUUGAGACAACUGUUGUAACUUUAUGCUUACUCCCACACUUCAUUGCAUUCUUUAGUGAAGGAGAAAUUCCUGGAACACCCGGGACCCUUGCUACUACUUUCCUUGCUUUCGUUUUGAAUCUUGCGUUUGCAUUAAGUGUGCUGGGAUUUCUUAUCAUGCAUAUAUCCUUGGUGGCUGCAAAUACUACAACUAUUGAGGCAUAUGAGAAGAAAACCACUCCGAAAUGGCGCUAUGACCUUGGUCGGAAAAAGAAUUUUGAACAGGUGUUUGGGACAGACAAGCUAUACUGGUUCAUCCCUGCUUAUUCAGAAGAAGAUUUGCGACGGAUACCAGCGCUCCAGGGUCUUGAGUAUCCAUCUAAGCCUGAAUUUGACUCCCAAGACUUCUAAGCACCAUAUGUUUGCACGUCAGUGAUACACAAAUUUACUUUGUAACAAUAGAUUUGGAACCUCCAGAGAAAAAGUUCCCUUGCAGUCAUAACUCAUCAAACGGCUUGCAACUAACUUGGGAUAAGAGUUCUUCAUUCCCACGGUUAUCACCUUGUAAGCAUGACAAUUAGAGAUACGGAGAGGCACAUUAUCCAGAGAGAUCAAAGAAAUGCAGUUUACGGCUUGCAAUCUUGCAGAGUAGUGUGGGUUUGACUGGCUAAAAUUCAUUUUAUGUCUUGGGAGAGUUGGGAACUGUAAAAAGGGAAAUGAAACCUCUCCAUCUGGAAAUGUUCCAAGAUAUCAGUUGUAGCAUUCCUUGGAAAUACAGAUAGGUAUGUAGGCGGCCUACUGGCCUGCUCUAAAAUUCAAGUGUAAUGUAUCCAUAAAAUAUGUAAUUUUACACUGAACUGAUGCCUCUCCAUCUUUCAGAUUUGGUGUUAUCAUUU